AUGUCAACAUCCAUCUUCAGGAUCACCGAGCACGUGGUUCCAGGUCAGCAUAUACGUGAAUACCCAAAUGGCACUCGCCACAGGCAAGAGGAGGUGUUGAAGCUUGCGGUCAAGCAAUACACUCCACUUGACUCUGGCGGACUUGCGGAUGACGACCCAAACGCUGUAACCAUCAUUGGCGGCCAUGCAAACGGGUUCGGAAAGGAAAUAUAUGAGCCGCUUUGGGAUGAUCUCUACCUUGAACUCAAGAAAUAUGAUGUCAAGAUCCGAAAUAUAUGGAUCGCCGAUAUGUCGCACCAAGGUGCUAGCGGGGUGCUGAAUGAGGCGAUACAAGGAGAUGAUGCUUCAUGGUUUGACCAUUCGCGUGAUCUAUUGCAACUGAUCAACCAUUUCCGUGCAGAGAUGCAGCGGCCUUUGGUGGGUAUUGCACAUAGUAUGGGGUGUGCUCAGCUUGUUAAUCUAUCUAUCAUCCAUCCACGUCUACUUACUUCGCUCAUCCUCAUCGAACCUGUCAUCCAGGCAGGAGCUCCGGCUGGCCCCAACGCUGGCAUGGUGUCAACCUUCCGUCCAGAUUUAUGGCCAUCCCGCGAAGCUGCUACAGAGUCAUUCCGCAAGAACAAAGUAUUUCAGGCAUGGGACUCUCGUGUGUUAGAGAAGUAUAUCACGUAUUGCCUACGGGAGCUCCCAACAGCUAUCUAUCCAAAUAUCAACAGGUACAUGCCUAAACAAUCUUCUACUAAAACCGCCACUCGACUCCCUUCUCAAGGGGCUGUGACCCUCACUACAUCCAAACACCAGGAAGCCUGGUCGUACGUGCGUCCAUCCUUCCAUUCACUCUCAACGCCUGCUUCGCUCUCCCAUCUUCUCUCACCAGAUUUAGACCCAUCAUCCGAUGGGCUCCUCCUCUCUCACCGCGGCGAGCCGAUCAUUACACUGCGAAACUUGCCACAUGUUCGCCCGAGUGUCCUCUAUAUCUUCGGCAGUAACUCACCGAUGUCAACAGCAGACUUACAGACCGAGAAGCUCUCACUUACAGGUUCAGGUAUUGGGGGAAGCGGGGGUACAGUAGCAGGCAACGUUCAGAAGACCGUAAUAGCAGAGUCGGGGCAUCUUGUAGCCUGUGAACAUGUGACAGAGUGCGCGAAUGCGACGGCUGAAUGGCUGGCUAUGAGGAUGAAGAUAUGGAGAGAGGAGGAACAAAUCCUUAAAAGAUAUUCAUCGAGAAAGAGUAAAGAUGGGAAGAUGUUGGUAGCAAGCAAGGAGUGGAAAGAGUUAGUCAGGAAACCGACGUAUGAGAAGCGGCCGGCAAGAGACUACAAGCUAUGA